AUGGUACAGUCCACCCCUGGGCUUCCAACCCCCCUCCCGGCGGUUCAAGUUUCUGCGCCCGGAGGACGCGGCCUUGGCCAAUCCCAGGGCUACAGGGAGCUUUUAAAAUGCAGGUACGGCUUCGGGGAGGGGGAAGGUGGAUGGUCAGGAGAGGGGGAUGGGGAGACCAUGAGCCAGAGGGGCAUGGCUUUGAGGGUCAAGCCCAGGGGCACUGAGGGUCCCCCAGACAUGGCCCAGUCCCGCCGGGUGUCCCCGGCCAGAGGUGGCCUCCUGGCAGGAGAGGUCCCCAAACUCGAGGCCCUGCAGUGUGGGCCCGCCCCUUCCCCGCCGCCGGAGCGCUCCGAGAGGUGGGCCGCGUGUGCCGGCUACGCGCUCGACCUGCUGUGCCAGGAGUGCUCGCCCUACGCCGCCCACCUCUACGACGCCGAGGACCCGUCCACACCUCUGCGGACGGUGCCCGGGCUCUGCGAGGACUACUGCCUGGACGUGUGGCAGACCUGCCGGGGCCUCUUCCGCCACCUCUCGCCCGACCGCGAGCUCUGGGCGCUGGAGGGCAACCGCGCCAAGUUCUGCCGCUACCUGUCCCUGGACGAUGUGGACUACUGCUUCCCGCGCUUGCUGGUCAACGAGAACCUCAACUCGAACCUGGGCCGCGUGCUGGCCGACGCCAAGGGCUGCCUGCAGCUGUGCCUGGAGGAGGUGGCCAACGGGCUGCGCAACCCCGUGGCCAUGGUCCACGCCCGCGACGGCACCCACCGCUUCUUCGUGGCCGAGCAGCUGGGGCUGGUGUGGGCCUACCUGCCCGACCACUCGCGGCUCGAGAAGCCCUUCCUGAACAUCAGCCGGGCCGUGCUCACCUCGCCCUGGGAGGGCGACGAGCGGGGCUUCCUGGGCAUCGCCUUCCACCCCAGCUUCCGGCACAAUGGCAAGCUCUACGUCUACUACUCGGUGGGGGUCGACUUCGACGAGUGGAUCCGCAUCAGCGAGUUCAGGGUCUCCGAGGGCGACAUGAACACCGUGGACCACCAGUCUGAGAGGAUAAUCCUGGAGAUUGAAGAACCAGCCUCGAACCACAAUGGGGGCCAGCUCCUCUUUGGGGACGAUGGGUACCUCUAUAUCUUCACUGGAGAUGGCGGGAUGGCCGGAGACCCCUUCGGAAAGUUUGGAAAUGCUCAAAACAAGUCGGCGCUGCUGGGCAAGGUGCUGCGCAUCGACGUGGACCGCAACGAGCGCGGCCCGCUCUACCGCAUCCCGCCCGACAACCCGUUCGUGGGCGACCCCGCCGCGCGGCCCGAGGUCUACGCCCUGGGCGUGCGCAACAUGUGGCGCUGCUCCUUCGACCGCGGCGACCCGGCGUCGGGCGCGGGCCGCGGGCGCCUCUUCUGCGGCGACGUGGGCCAGAACAAGUUCGAGGAGGUGGACCUGGUGGAGCGCGGCCGCAACUACGGCUGGCGCGCCCGCGAGGGCUUCGAGUGCUACGACCGCAAGCUGUGCGCCAACGUCUCCCUCGACGACGUGCUGCCGAUUUUCGCCUACCCGCACAAACUGGGCAAGUCCGUCACGGGGGGCUAUGUGUACCGGGGCUGCGAGUACCCCAACCUGAACGGCCUCUACAUUUUCGGCGAUUUCAUGAGCGGGCGUCUGAUGUCCCUCCGAGAGAACCCAGAGACAGGCCAGUGGCGGUACAGCGAGAUCUGCAUGGGCCGUGGCCAGACCUGCGAGUUCCCGGGCCUCAUCAACAACUACUAUCCGUACAUCAUCUCCUUCGCGGAGGACGAGGCUGGGGAGCUGUACUUCAUGUCAACGGGCGUGCCGAGUGCCACCGUGGCCCGUGGGGUGGUCUACAAAGUGAUCGACCCCUCCAGACGGGCACCACCUGGCAAGUGUCGGAUCCACCCUGCCCAGGUGAAGGUGAGGAGCCGGCUCGUCCGCUUUGUGCCCAAAGAAAAGUUCAUCCGAAGGACGGAGAGCACCCCGCGGCCCACAGCGCGGGCUCCUACCAACGCUCCCCGCCGCAGCCGCCCCACAGCCGCCGCCGCCGUCGUGUGCCGCCAGCUGGGCUUUGCGCACGUCGUGCGGGCCACCAAGCGCGCCGAGUUCGGCGAGGGCCGGGCGCUGCCCAUCCUGCUGGACGACGUGCGCUGCGAGGGCGGCGAGCGCAACCUGCUGGAGUGCACGCACGCCGGCGUGGGCACGCACAACUGCGACCACCAGGAGGACGCGGGCGUCGUGUGCAGCCGCGAGGACCCCAACCUGUAGCCGAGCGUCCUCCCUCCCGCCGGAGCCUGCCGGGGCCCUCCGCCCUCUGCGCGCCUGGCGCGUGCACGCGAGUCCGAAGGUGGAGGAAGCCGUGGGGUGUGGCGGCGGAGGUGGCCUGUCCGCAACGCUGUCCUGUGGACCCGAGUGAGGUGUGUGCAGUGCAUGUGUGUCCUCUGCAGGCGGGAAGCCACAGCGCGUGUUUGGGUCCGAGUGGUCCCUGUGGGUGUGUGGUGGUGGCCCAAGGUGUGCACUUCUUACCUUGAGCAUCCCACCCAGCAGCAGGAACACAGUCUGGCGGUGGAACCCUGAGCACUGAGGGCAGCCACCCUUCAAGGGCAAAUGUGGCCCCUGGAUGCAUUAACAGAGGCACAGCAGGCAGACUGAGGCAGGGGACCAGGCCUGCCCUGCCCACGGCUGGAGUGAAGGCCCCAGAGCAGCUAAGAAAUGCAUGGCCUCAGC